AUGGAUGAACCAACACAUAAAAAGUCUACCUUGAGUAGUUCUGAAGUUGCGUUCCCUAGAGGUGGGGCCUCGGUCUUAACUCCUUUAGAAAUGAAGACCAUUUCUAACAAGGCCACAGAGGACGUUCUUUUUGAGCAGGCCAAAGGCUCAAAGAGAUCUGCCUCUGAUGCCAUAGAAGCCCCCAAGAAGAAAAAGAAGAGCAAAAAGAAGAAGUCUCAGGAUGAUGAAAAAGACUCAGAUGAAAAAGAAACUGAAAUCGAACACUUUUCCCAUAAAAACUUGAUCCCAGGUGCUUCCAUCUUGGGUCAAAUUGUCAGAGUCGACAAGAUGGACCUUACAGUCGCUAUCGGUGACAACUUAUUCGGCCAGGUCCCAAUCACACAGAUUAGUUCUGAGAUCACUGAGAUGAUUGAAAAGUAUGAAAAUGCUAUGGAAGAUUCCAGUGACGAUGAGAGUGACGAUGAGAACCAGACCCAAGGUGUCAGUCUUAAGAACGAGUUACCUAAAUUGAAGAACAUCUUUUCCAUUGGUCAGUGGGUACGUGCAGUUGUCAUUCCAAAUGAAGAAAACGCUAAACGUAUUUCGCUUUCUAUUGACCCGGCUACUGUGAACGCUUCUGUCGAGGAGGACGAUUUGACUCCAGGUAAUUUCCUCCAAGCAUCUGUCAAGUCCGUUGAAGAUCACGGUGUUGUCCUUACUACUGGUGUUGAAAACUUUGGUGGGUUCAUUUCAAAGAAAGAAUUGAAGAAAGCAGAGAUAGGGUUAUCUUCCUUGAAGCCUGGUCAGGUUGUCCUUGCAUCGAUUGUCAGUUUGUCAUCCAGAACGAUAACAAUGAGACCUGGUUCCAACGAGCAGGUCAAUAAAAAGACUGUGGUUUCAGUCAUCAGUUCUAUUGACGCUGUCCACCCUGGUACUGUUGUUAACGCUAUCAUCACUGAAAUUAACGAUGCUGGUGUCGGUGCCAGACUUUUUGGUAUGGUCGAUGCUUCCUUCUCCUUGCCACACACAGAAGAAUACACUGUCGAGAAGCUAAAAAACCACUUCGCUAUCGGUGGUACUGUUCGUGCCAGAGUGAUUGGUACUGUUUUCUCUGAAGGCGCAAAGAAGUUUGUCUUGUCCAAAUCUAGCCGAGUUUUGAGUUUACAGCCUACUCUUAACAAGGAGCCAUUGGAGGCUUUCCCCAUUGGAUUCAUUUUUGACGAAGGUAUUGAGGUUGCUGGUGCAGACAAAGAUUACAUUUAUGUCAAUGCUGGUAGCUUCAUUGGUCAAGUACACAAAUCUAACGUUGACCCCGAUUUAGAUAUCAAACAGCAUUACAACGUUGGCUCCAAACAUAAAGCUCGUGUGCUUGGGUUUAAUGAGAUUGACAACAUUUUGAUCUUGACUUUCAAGCCAAAGGCCAUCGAAUCUCAAUUUGUUUCGACCGAUGAUAUCCCUGUCGGUGAGUUUGUCUCUGCAGCUGAGGUCACGAACAUUCUCCCUGAUGCCAAGGGUAUAGUGGUCAAGGUGUUUGGCGACUUUGAAGCAUUCGUUCCCCCUACCCAUAUCUCAGACGCCAAGCUAAUGUUCCCUGAGAGAAAGUUCAGAAAUGGUGGUAAGGUCAAGGCAAGAAUUUUAGCCACCGCUGGUAAGAAGCUUUAUGCCACUCUUAGAAAGAGUCUUGUGAACAUGGAGGAGGAUACAAUUGUCAAGAACCUUGAUGAUCUCCUGGUAGGCUUCAAGACCACAGGUGUCGUGGAGAAGUUCAUUGGCUCGGGUGUAUUGAUAUCUUUCUUUGGAAACUUAAAGGCUUAUUUACCAAAGAAUGAGAUUUCCGAAACCUUCGUUGAGAAUGCUAAGGAUUACCUUAAAGAAGGCCAGGCAGUUAAUGUUAGAAUCCUUAACUUCAAUAAGGAAGAUGGCAAAAUUACCGUCACGUUACGUCAAUCGACCGAAUUAACCAACAACCAGAUGAGACAUCUUGAAGACGUCGAAGUUGGCAGAACUAUUGCUACCGCCUUUGUGGUUGAAAAGACCAAGGAAGCUGUGAUCAUUGAGUUGGAAGGCUCUAACUUGAGGGGUGUCAUUGUCACUGAACAUUUGUCUGAUGGCAACUAUGAAGAGAACAGGAAAGUUUACAAAGCUCUUGAUGUGGGUCAGAAAACCGAGGUUUUGAUUCUCGAAAAGGAUUUCAGAGCCAGAACCGUCAUCGCCACUUCAAAGCAGUCAUUGCUCAAUGCCGCCAAAGUUGGCCUCUUCCCUGCAAGUUAUGAGGAUAUUCAUACUGGAACUGUCAUCCCCGGUUUUGUCAAGUCGGUCACUAACAUGGGUAUUUUUGUUAGUUUUGGUGGCCGUCUCACAGGUUUGGUCUUGGCCAAGAAUGCAUCAAGUGAUCCAACAGUUGACCUUUCCGCUAAGUUCCAUAAGAACCAAUCAGUUGCAUGUAACGUCAUCAGGACAGACGAUGUCAACAAGAGAUUUUACCUUUCAUUCAGUGGUAAAACCGCAUCUGAUUAUUCUGUUGGUUCCAUGACUAAGGGUAAGGUUGCUUCAGUUGAACCAGGCUAUGUUAAUGUCCAACUCGCAGACAACUUAUAUGGUCGUCUUGAGGCUUCUCAAGUUUUCAACAAAUGGAAGUCCAUCAAGGACAAGAAGGCUCCUCUUCUGUCAUACAAGGAGGGUCAAAACAUUAAGGCCAAGAUCAUUGGUUACUACGACCAAGCAGCAAAGAGAUACUCUCCUCUGUCUACUUUCACAACCUCUACGGUUGUUGAAUUGUCUAUUUUACCAGAAACCCUUGCUGAAGGCGGGCUUUACAAACCACCAACCUUUGACGACCUCAAGGUUAAUAGCGAACAUACUGUGUUUGUUGAAUCUUACGAGCAUGGCGUUGCUAACGUUUCUAUGGCUCCGGGUGCCCAAGGACAGAUACCGCUUUACUGCCUUUCUAACGAUACCCUGCUUUAUGAAGAUUUCGAGUCUUCUUUCCCAGUUGGAUGUGCCAUUAGAGCUAAAAUUUCUGGCUUAGAUUACGAGCACCAUAGAAUCGAGUUUUCCGCCAGAGAGAAGGCUCCACAAUCGAUCGAAGAUCUCAAGGAAGGUGAACGCUACCCAGCUAAAGUUUUCAAAAUUGGUCCAAAUUUCGUUUUAGUGGAGUUGGCCAAGGGCGUUGUCGGAUACGCAUACGUCACGGAUGCUUUGAAUGACUACGACGACAAGCUUGAGGAGAUCUACAAGGUAAACUCUGCAGCCCUUGCAAAGGUUGAACAAGUGGAUGUCAAGGAAGGCAAGGUCUAUGUUAGCUUGAGAAACGAAGCGAUUGCUAAGGAUAAGCCUGUGAAUUCCAUUGAUGAGAUCAAGAGAGGUGACGUUGCCAAAGGUUUCAUCAACUCCAUUGGCCGUAACGGUCUCUAUGUUUCUCUUGGCAGAACCAUAUUUGCAUUGGUCAGAGUUACUGACAUUUCUGACGCCUACUUGGCUGAUUGGAAGAAGUUCUUCAAGCCUCAUCAGUGUGUUUCGGGUAAGAUCUCGCAGUGCAAGACCGAGGGCCGUAUUCUCAUGACUUUGAAGGAGAGUGAAGUGAAUGGUGACUUAUCUACUUUCAAGACAUUCGAAGAGUUAGAAGUUGGUGAGAACUACGACGGUUCUGUCAGAAAGGUGGCAGACUUUGGUGUUUUCAUCAAGUUGGAUGGAACUUCUAAUAUUAGUGGUCUCUGUCACCGUUCGGAAAUUGCCGAUACACCAGUUGAAAACGUUGUUGCCCUUUUUGGUGAGGGUGACCGUGUCAAGGUGAAGAUCCUCAAGAUUGAUAAUGACAAGAAGCAGCUUUCCCUUGGUAUGAAAGCUUCAUACUUUACUACUGAGGCAGACGACGAAAGCAUGUCUGCUGCUGAAGAUGAAGAAGAUGAGGUCAUGGGUGACGCUUUUAAUGAGGAUGACGAUGAAGACGAAGACGAAGACUCUUCUGAAUCAGACAAUGAAGAGACAGAGGCUGCUGCUCCUGCUGGUCUUUCUGGAUUAUCUUCCAAUGGUUUCGACUGGACAGCCUCUAUCUUGGACCAGGCUGAAGAUGAUGAAAGCUCUUCAGAUGACGAAGAAGACUUCACUGAGACCCACAAGAGAAGAAAGAAGAAGGGCAAGAACCAGGUAAAGGACAGAACUGCUGAGAUGAAUGCCACUGCUCCUGAAUCCGUUUCUGACUUUGAGAGAAUGCUUGUUGGUAACCCAGAUUCCUCCGUUCUUUGGAUGAACUACAUGUCCUUCCAGUUGCAACUUGGUGAAAUCGAAAAGUCUCGUGAAAUCGCUGAGCGUGCUCUCAAGACAAUCAAUUACCGUGAGGAGCAGGAGAAGAUGAACAUCUGGAUUGCUAUUCUUAACUUGGAGAACAGUUUCGGUAGCGACGAGUCGCUUGACGAAGCCUUCAAGCGCGCUACCCAGUACAUAGAUUCCUUGACUAUGCAUCAAAAACUUAUCGGUAUUUAUGUGUUGUCAGAGAAGUUUGAUAAGGCGGACGACCUUCACAAGGCCAUUGUCAAGAAGUUCAGCAAAGACCCUAGUGUCUGGGUUCAAUAUGGCUCCUUCCUCAUGGACAGAGAGGAGAGCGAGCGUGCCCACGAGACUUUGGCUCGUGCUUUGCAAGCAUUGCCUAAGAAGGACCACAUUGAGGUUGUUAGAAAGUUUGCCCAACUUGAAUUCGCUAAGGGUGAUGCAGAGCAAGGUAGAUCCUUAUUUGAAGGUUUGGUGACAGAUGCUCCAAAGAGAAUCGAUUUGUGGAAUGUCUACAUUGAUCAGGAGAUCAAGAAUGACAAUAAGGACCAUGCAGAGGAUUUGUUCCGGAGAGUAACCCAGGUCAAGCUUUCUAGAAAACAGGCCAAGUUCUUCUUUGCCAAAUGGCUCAAGUAUGAAGAAGAGAAGGGCAACGAACAGUCGGUUGCCCUCGUCAAGGCCCUUGCUGUGGAGUACGUUCAAGCCCACUCCAAGGACGACGAGGAGUAA